CUCGCCCUCCUCUCCGCCAUCCUCCCCCUCGCCACUGCGACCUACUUCGGCUGCUACACGGAAACCUCCCCCAAAGCUCUCGCCUCGGCCUCCACAGCCAACUUCACCACCAUGACCAUCGAGCUCUGCCAGCAGUUCUGCACCGUCGACGCGCCCGGCGCGCCCUACGCCCUGUGGGGCCUCGAGUACAGCGGCGAGUGCUACUGCGCGAACGCCCUCACGGCCGGCUCGUUCCCGACCUUCGAGACCGACUGCUCGGCACACUGCGCCGGCGACGCCACCGAGACGUGCGGCGGCGGCAACCGCCUCAGCCUCUACGGCUCCGGCACCACGCCCCCGGCGUUCACCCCGCAGUCCCACCCCGGCGGGCCUGUGACGGCGUUCUCGCCGCAGGGCUGCUGGACCGAGGGCGUCGGCGUGCGCGCGCUCGGCGGCGCCAUGGCCGCGUCGGACACCCUCAUGACGAUUGAGGCGUGCGCGAGCUUCUGUUUGAAUUCCGGGUUCCUGAGGUUCGGGACCGAGUAUGCCCGUGAGUGCUGGUGCGACAAUGCCCAGGCGGCGUCGAGCAAUUUGACCACCAACGUGCCGAGUGAUUGCAGUUUCGCCUGCACGGGGAACAGUGGUGAGGUCUGCGGGGCCGGUGAUAGGCUGAGUGUGUACUUGUGG